AUGACUGAAAGUCUUUGGAACAAAGGUAUGUAUUCUUCCAGCAGCUUCUGCCUUGAUGGACACUUCCCCUCUUUUCAACCUGACUCUGUGUCCUCAAGUUCUGACGCAUUAGGUGUUUUUGAAAGUUCACACAGAGACAGCGUGAAAAUAUUACCGGAAAGGCAUUACAGUUCUGGAGAUACUGGUUCAAGUUUGAUGCGCUCCACUCAAAAGGAACACGGUGCACCCAGAGAGAGCAGCGCUGGACAUUUAUCAACUAAAAGAUACCCUGCACACGGCUCUUCCCGUCACCAAGACUGGAGCUUUAACAGUGGUCAUCAAGCAAAGCGUGCCAGAGUAGAGAACAUCAUCAAGGGCAUGUCUUGUACAGAUGUGACAGCCAAUCCGCAUGAGGAGCCUGACUACACCCAGGAAGAUGAAACGCUUCAAGAGCUCACUACCCAUCAGACCCUCUUGGAACGAGGCAGAUCUGAGGACAUGAGUCCGACUCAGCAGGAUGAGCAUCUCAGACAGCUCCGGACAAGGUUCUGUAACACGGAUGAGAGCACAGAUAACAAGAGGGAAGAGAAAUCUCCCAGCUUAAACAGUUCUCCAGGAGCUUCCACGUUUGAUUCAUUCACAGAUCCUUGCAGUGAGUUUGACGGCAGCUCAGCUAGAAAAUAUCAAGGAUGGAAGAAGGUGAAGCUGAUGGACUACUUCCAGUCCAAACCAGAGCGGAUAAAGCUGAUAGCAGAUGUUUUAAAGUAUGAACUGUCCAGAGCUGUGAGUAGGAGUGUUGACACGAUCUUCAAAAGCAUGCCGCUUCUACCGACGUCACCAAAUGACUCAGAGAAUUCAGAGACUCUUACUCCCUUUCAGUCAUCAGUGUGUGUAGAGAACACACUGAGAUAUUCUUGCUGUGGUCCUGCAGAUGUGCACGUCCCAGAUGUCCAAACAGAAGCUCUGUCUUUGGUUGUCCCUAAGCAUGAAGUUGAAAAAGCCAGUAACUUUGACCCUCAGUCCAGGUCAACAGAUCCACAUCAUCCAAAAUCUCCAAUCUCUUUCAACCACGACUCUGCUCUGCAAAGAGCACCGGAGAGGCGUCACAGUGCUGACGGUCAGUGUGCUCCGAGAGCCUCACAGGAAAAAUGCUCCGAGCCUGGUCAGUCGAAGCUCGACAUGCACUGGAACGCAGGCAAAGUCAAAUCAAAAGUCAACUCCAGGUCUGUGAGGAGCCCACACAGUCACCCUGUGUCACUGGAUCCAAUGCUACUGGAGAGCCUGUGUCUCCCUCAUAUGAAGAUGGAGCCUGACAGCUUGAUGAAAAACAACUUGUACAUGCUAAAUGAAGGUCUGACAACAAACCACCUGAAGAAAGCAAAGCUUAUGUUCUUCUACACUCGAUACCCGAGCUCACUGGUACUGAGGACGUGUUUCCAUGAUGUGCAGUUCACGCGCUGCAUCACCUCCCAGCUCAUCAAAUGGUUCAGUAACUUUAGAGAGUUUUACUACAUCCAGAUGGAGAAGUUUGCCCGAAACGCUGUCGUGGAGGGAGUGGUCGAUGUGAGGCAUCUGACGGUGAACAGAGAAUCAGAACUUUUCAGAGCUCUCAACAUGCACUACAACAAAACUAACAACUUCCAGGUCCCUGUGAGGUUCCUGGAAGUAGCGGAGAUUACACUCAGAGAGUUUUACACUGCCAUUUCAAUGGGCAAAGACCGUGAUCCGUCCUGGAAGAAAGCAAUCUACAAGGUGAUCUGCAAAUUGGACAGUGACGUACCAGCCGAGUUCAAAACUCAUCACUUCAGUUAA